AAGAAGAACCGCACCGUUUACUUCCGGUAAAAAUAAAAACGCGUGAAAUGAAAACGGCUGAAGUCAUUUGUUUGCAGUCAUGACGAGGUGGGCAAGAGCCAAUAAUGUCCACAGGCAGAAACCAGCAGAAGCGACUCCCUGGAGUCAGCUGAGAGGAAGAGGGGAACGAGCAGGAGGAAGAACAGGAGGUCACGCUGCUGGGGCCACACGUGGAGCUCAGAGGGACCCUCUGAAAAGGACUGAGGCUGCUGGAUCUGGCGUGAAGAAACCCAACCGCAAGAAGAAGGACUACACCAACGAAGAUGUGAAUGGCUUCCUGGAGUACCUGCAGCAGAGCGGGCAGUCGCUGCCUGCAGGGGAGGGAGGAGGGAAGGGGGAAGAGCAUCAGCUAAGAGAAGAGGUGGAGGUGGCCCUGAAGAAAGACAGAAGGAGGGAGGAUAGGAGGAUAAAGAGACAGAACGACAAGAAGAAUAAAAUGGUGUGUUUUAAGUGCAGGAAGUCCGGUCACGGUUUGGCCGACUGUCCCGAGGCUGACCGGGAUGAGGAGAUGGGCCGAGACAUCUGCUACCGCUGCGGCUCCACUGAACAUGAGAUCCACAAGUGCAGAGCUAAAGUGGAUCCAGCUCUGGGUGAGUACCCUUUCGCUAAGUGCUUCAUCUGCGGUCAGACUGGACACCUGUCACGCUCGUGUCCUGACAACCCCAAAGGCCUCUACACACAAGGAGGCUGCUGUCGUGUUUGUGGUUCAGUGGAACAUUUUCAGAAGGAUUGCCCAGAGCAUCAAGCUGCAACUAAUUCAUUGACUUUGGGUUGGAUGUCCAACAAUCUGAGCGCAGACCACGAGGAGGUGCACGUUCCAGCGAAGAAGGUCAAACCAAAGCAGCCCAAAGUGGUGACAUUCUGACUGAUAAUCAGAACACCCGAACAACUGUCAUCAUAUAAAUCCGGCCUGCUUCACCACCUGGACUGUGAUAGUCUGAACACUUCUGAGGAGCUGAAGUUCUUCAGCAAAUCUCUGGAUGAAGAGACACU